CGGACCCAGCUCAUCUUAACACGUGCAUCUGACAUAGCGUUCACCUACCCACCGCUUCCGUGUGUACAUUGGCGUACAGAGGGGUACAGUGGCGUUCAGUGGCGGGGUCAUGGCUGAUGGUCUGUGAAUGUACGUGCGAUGGGGUUGCCGAACGCAGGGAUUGUAUAAUAACUGGAUCGCUUGUAAUUCCAACUGCAAGGACGAGUUUGGGACCUCAGAAGGUGCUGACAAUGGCAGUGAGGAAAAGCAACAGCUGGAGAUUUAUGGCUGGCGUGUUGAUCCUGGUGUGCGUGGGGCUCAUCGUCAUCAUUGUGUCCUUCGUCGUCAAAGUCGACCUCCUCCACGAGCGAGGAGAACAUAUCAAGUGUGGGUCGGGAAGCAUUAACAAAAUAGAUCCAUCGGAGGCAGAAACACCCAGUCUCCAUGACGACUUGACUUUCAAGGAACUAAAGGCCAUUCAGAAAUAUAUAUACAGCAUUCCUGAACUGAAUAUUGUUGCGGCAUCGCAAGCAACAGUCAACAGCAGCUACAUCUACGCCUCCGACCUGCAUCCACCGAAAAAGUCUGAGGUUCUCGAAUAUCUCUCUGGGACUGGAGCAGAGCCCGAACGAAAUGCUUUACUUAUGAUCUUUCGAGGUGACGCAGACCCCCCAGUUGUGGAGGAAUAUGUUGUUGGUCCUUUACCGGAACCAAGUCGACAUUCUCUCUAUGUUAACCCAGUUCGCAAAAAUCCAGUUCCUUUCGCCUUCAGACCAAUAGGGUUUGUGGAAUUCGGUUCUCUGUUUGUGUCUCUGUAUCCAAAGAUUGACCGAAAAAUUGGGUUUAUCUUGAUGGAGAGUUAUGGAGCCACGUUUACAAACUGCGGAAGCGAGUGUCUGAGUUUCUAUCCCGACCCAGUGUCUAGUGGUCUCAUGAAACAAAAGGUCAGGAAAUUCUGGUUGAUAACUCUUCACGAGCUUCCUUACAGAAGCCUGCACUGUCUCGACCUUUUGCUGCUCGCUAAUCUCAACUCUACAGAUCCAAGUGAAUACUUUGUAGAGAAGUUGGUAUAUGCAGGGAAGGAAUACUCCAGUUUGGAUGACCUUGCUGAGCGAUACAACAUGUCCUCCACUCCUAAAACCAAUGUACCAUUCCCUAAAUUGGACAAAGACUUGUUUUCAACCAUGAACAGAAGAGGCACUCCUGUACCCACGGAACCUCUGCGUGCUCCAAGAAUGUUUGAGCCCGACGGUAAAAGGUAUACUGUCAAACAUCGGAGUGUUGAGUACAUGCAGUGGCAGUUUGAUUUCAGAAUGUCCACAUUACACGGGCCGCAACUCCAGAACAUCAGAUUUAACAACGAAACCAUCGCAUACGAAAUCGGACUUCAAGAAAUUGGCGUGUUCUACUCCUCAAAGAACAGGGCAACUACCAGCGCUAACCUUCUUGACAGCAUGGCUCUAAUAGGUUCCACUUCACAUGAUCUCGUUCCAGCGGUUGACUGUCCCGAAACAAGCACUUUCUUCAACACGACUUAUAUAGGCGAGGGGACGAAUGACGAUCCUAUAAUUCUUAAAAAUGCAUUUUGCUUGUUCGAGCAUAACAAACACACGCCGUUGAGAAGACAUAUGGAGUAUUCUCUUUAUGGCGUCUAUUCGGGGAUGCCUGACAGCGUUCUCACACUAAGGAGCAUUUUAAAAGUGGGAAACUACGACUAUGUGUUGGAUUAUAUUUUCCAUCAGAGCGGAGCGCUCGAGGUUAGUGUACUGUCGACAGGGUAUAUUUUAUCAACCUUCCACACGCCAAGUGAAAAGCUUCAUGGAUUCAAACUCCAAGAUUACAUUACAGGUCCUCUUCAUCAUCACGUCGUUCUGUUCAAGGCGGACAUUGACAUCCAUGGUACAGAUAAUAGAUACGAGACUCUCGACAUCUCAACGGAAGAGGUCCAAAAUUACCUUAGCAGCGAUCCGAGCGACACUUAUUUCCAGAUCCGGUUUGACCGGAAGUUAAAGCGAACUGAACUUGAAGCUGCGUACAAGUGUCAAUUCGACAAACCUAAGUAUCAUGUCAUACAUAACAACGAAUAUCAAACAAGAUACGACGAACUUAAAGCGUACAGACUCCAACUGGACGGGAUGUCCAAGCAGCUGUUGCCGGAGAACACGGGGAACGAGCCGUCCAUCCCCUGGGCCCGCCACCAGAUGGCGGUUACCAAGUUCAAGGAGGAGGAGCGGUAUGCCAGUUCCUGCUACGCCGUCUUCGACAGCUUCGACACCACUGUCAACUUCACGUCAUUUCUUGCUGAUGAUGAAAAUGUUGUAGACGAGGACCUGGUGUUCUGGAUCCCCAUGGGAACACACCACAUCCCCCACACUGAGGACCUGCCUGUUGUUGCUACUUCCGGUACGGUGAUGUCUUUCUCGUUGUAUCCGUACAACUACUUCCCAGAGUGUCCAUCAUCCCAGUCACGUGACUCAAUCAGAGUCGAGCUCAAAGACAAAAGCCACCCUAAAGAUGGUUUCACGGUGGAAAGAUAUGGCAAUCAACCGAAUAUUACGUGUCUCGCGCAUGCGCCAAAUCUCGAACAGCACGAGCCAAACUGAAACGAGUCACCGAGGUUCUGUGUUCAAUACUUGUGCUACAGGGAUCAGUCUAAAGCCCCGUAUUUCGAUGUGAAGAGUUGCGUCCCUUGGCCCGCCGAGGAUAAACUGGUUGUGGGCACGAAGAAAAGACUGUGAAAUCAAUGACACAAAGAUUCACUUGCUGAGAGGAUACCUUAAAUCCUAGGAUGUUUCCUGGAGAACAAGGUUUGGAUAAUACCAAUAAGGGUAGAAUGAUCACGUGCAAUGACGUUACGAUAUUUUCAAAUUUGCAUUUUAGCGAUUCUCAGCGCUGUUUGGUCAGUUGAAGCCUUUUACGUAACAAUGGUUGAGAGUAAGCUGGGCCCCGUCUCUCAUAACGCGAUAUACGGCGUACGUUGACGUGGCGCAAAGGGAGCUUGAAACCAGUUUGGACUGGGAUACAUGCAAUAGAUACAACUAUUGUUUAUGACGUCACAAAUUGAUCUGAACAAGAGGGUGUUAAUGAGGGUGAAAUUUCACGCGGAGUUUUCUUCAUGACCAUUAAAAUGACAAUAAUAUAAGCGUAUUAACACAAUCAAAUUACUCGGGAUGGAGAGUACGCCUUUUAGUAAUCCUCAAGAAUUCUCGUCAAUAAUUGAAUUGUUAUGGGAUCUUUUACGAGAGAACCCUUUUUUCUCCAUGUCGCUCUAAGUGGUUGUUGUUCAAGCUUGACCAUCCGAUACACAUUGUCGCCUCUUACGAUUUUUAAGUCAUUUCUUAAGCAAUGUUAUCACAUUUCUAUGUGGUUGGCAAAGUGCGCUGGUGUCCUUGCACCAAUGGUAUUACCGGAUAAAGAGAUUUUCAUGAGAUUAGGUGUCAUCGUAUCCAGACGAGGUAGGAUUUGCUCAUGCUAACAAUCACUGGAUCAUCUGCUCCAUAUCGGGUUAUUUACUGACCACCAUUAUAUAGCUGAAUAGUUUGCUGACAGGGACAAACACAAUCCUGGCUAGCUUUAAGAGGUAUUUGGAGGGAAUUUGUACCGCGUUUUUGAAUUUGGAAAAGUCAAUGUUUCAUGGUGAAAUAGUUUGAUUUCAGGAUUAUUUCAUUCAUAUAACAGCUCGUUUGUGUAGUCAGUAAAAAUUAAACUUUGGGUGGCUGGUUGGUUCAACGAAGGGGACGGAUUGUGUUUACACCGGGAGACAAUUUAAGCAUCAGUAUAUUCUCAUGAUCCGGGUAGUGUAAAGUUCCCUAGUUACGAGGAACAAAAUUGAAUGUCUUAUGGACAGACAGCUUAUUUAACACAAUAGAAGCGACGUUACUGUGCAGAUGGUAACACCGGUAUCAAGGAAGCGAAAGAUCCUGUGCUGAUAUAAAGGAGUUUUGGCAAGAAGAAAUAUCUGAGCUGAUAUUAUAUAUAUCUAGAUAUAUCUAUCGGUGUUAGUAUCUAUUUCGAGACGUAGCAUCUAUUGCGAUAUAAAAAGAAGUAUCGCUAUCAAUAUCCUCCUCCCCCCCUCUCUCUCUCUCUCUCUCUUCAUCAUACCGGUUUCUAAACGCCACUCAAAGAAGUUCCCCAGUUAAUAUCAUCAUUUGAUAAGUGUUUUAAAUACCAGCAAUGCCUGAUGAAAAGAUGAGAGGAUAUGAGUAAUCUCCCCUUAGUUUUAGGGCAGUGUCCCUAUCAUUGAGUACAAACAAAUCAUAUGAUAAUCUA